AGGGUAGCUUUCUGUCGGACCGGGAUAAGGCAAUUUAAUCGUCUGACACGGAACACGUUGACGCGUUACUUUGUUCAGCCAACCCAACAGGGUUGUUUCCUUUGGAACUAAACUGAAUGGGGAGCGGUGAAGCCGGCCGUUCUGCGGGGUCGUUGAUGCGCUCUAAGCAAGGAAGAGGGAGAGCUUGAGACGGGAGAAUGACGCUCGAUUUAUCCACUCUCAACUCCAUCCGAGUCUAUUCUCGGUGGUAUUUGGCAAGAUAUAAGAUUCAAUUAUGGAUCAAUGAUGAAAGAAUCCAGUUACUGAAUCAGUUGCUGUCGCAAUUGACUGUUGUUGUUUCCAGAGGCGUUGGCAGCAGAGGCUAUUCACCCCGCCUCGUCGUAUGGAUGUAUGUCCACGUCUCACCACUCAAAAGUCUAAAUACAAAGCCAAUUGGUUCAAAAAAACAUUCAAGCGUGGGUUCAUGCGUCCCACCGAGACUUGUCCUCUGCCUAACUAAGCAUGUGCUCACCCAACAGACUUUCUUACCCCUCGACGCGUCUUUUCAACACGGUUGCAGCGACAAUGGAGGGGCUUGCAGGGAAUCUGGAGCUUCAGACAACCCAUUGAGAGUAUCAUAGUGGAUACUCUUCUCUUUGUAAUCGCCGAUGCCCCUCGUUUUGCUGUUCCCUAGCUCAAGAAGCACUGCAUGGUCUCUCUGCUUCCAUGACAUCACUGGACCCAUCCCCUCCAUUACAGCUCAGCUCUUUGGGCUUGCUGCUUUUAUUUUGGACCACGCCAUGAUCUGAGAGACAUAAUCAUACAAAUAGUCUAGCAUCCUCCCAUCCAUUUUCCCUCUUCAUUCUCUACCCCUCCAUCUCUCUUCUUUUUUCUUAAUACCCAAAACAACAUCCUUCUCAACCGUCAACAUGGUUCAGCAAAUCCCCAAGGCCAACCACAUCCUCGACCUCCUCAGCCUCAAGGGCAAGGUGGUCGUCGUCACCGGCGCUUCCGGACCCCGCGGCAUGGGCAUCGAGGCUGCCCGCGGUGCUGCUGAGAUGGGCGCCGACGUCGCCAUCACCUACGCUUCCCGCAAGGAGGGCGCCGAGAAGAACGUCGAGGAGCUCACCAAGGAGUACGGCGUCAAGGCCAAGGCCUACAAGCUCAACGCUGCCGACUACAACGACGUUGAGCGAUUUGUCGGAGAGGUUGUCAAGGACUUUGGCAAGAUUGACGGUUUCGUCGCCAACGCCGGUGCUACCGCCAACGCUGGUGUCAUCGACGGCUCUGCUGCCGACUGGGACCACGUUAUCCAGAUCGACCUCAACGGCACCGCCUACUGUGCCAAGGCCGUCGGCGCUCUCUUCAAGAAGCAGGGCCACGGCUCCUUCGUCAUCACCUCCUCCAUGUCCGGCCACAUCGCCAACUACCCUCAAGAGCAGACCUCUUACAACGUCGCCAAGGCUGGCUGCAUCCACAUGGCGCGAUCUCUCGCCAACGAGUGGCGCGACUUUGCCCGUGUCAACAGCAUCUCCCCCGGAUACAUCGAUACUGGCCUCUCCGACUUCAUCGACGCCGAGACCCAGGAGCUCUGGAGGAGCAUGAUCCCCAUGGGCCGCAACGGCGAUGCCAAGGAGCUCAAGGCUGCCUAUGUCUACUUCUUGUCUGAUGCUAGCACUUACACUACUGGCUCUGACCUUGUCAUUGACGGUGGAUACACUUGCCGAUAAAUGGCUCAUGGUCUUAAUGAUGUUGACGAUACCAAACAAACAUAGUAAAAGUAAAUAAAUAUAAUGAAUGACACAAUCAUCAAUCCACUGUGGAUCUGUUCCUGGCGUGCAUGUGCUUGCAGUAGCGAGUUACGGCCUUAUCAGAUGGCGCUAGAAAAUUGACCGACCAGAAAAAACCCACUUGACACUUCACGAUGCCUGCUAGUCUAGUCGAUCAUGGCUGUCAUCUCGAUGACUACAUCGCGAUUGAUGUGAAUUCUCUGUUAUAUUUCUCACAUCGAGUCAUUACUAUACUAAUUUUACACUUGGGUAUCUCCGUCGCUUGCAAAACUGACUGACCCAUAUGUUUUACUAUCUUUUGUCGUCGACGUUGUCCCAACUUUUGUCGCCGAUGAAGCCGUCGUACAGGUAUUUGCCGUCAAGAGCCCACCUUCAUCGUUCAGUUCAAUGGCCUGCGAGCCCCCCACCUCAAUAGUCGCAAGCGAUCGAUCGACGAAUACUUUUUUGUUCUUGUGCUUUGUCUCUGUACCCUUCCUUGCUCUUAUUCGCGAUGUUAUAUGUCUCACCAGAUGCCGAAUGUGCGGCAUGCAAGCGACCAUGACGCCGACGGAAAUCUCCACGUUUGACCAGAUGACGGCUGAUUGUGCGUGGUCGACUGGUUGAUACAUUAGCUCGUGGUCUGAACAGUUGACUGAAAGUAAAAAGUAUCUACCUGUUAAAUCCUCUGAGAGUAGAAAAGCCACAAGUUCGCGAACUCGAAUCGCAGCGACAACCGUAAGACUAUGUAUGCCGUCAGCCAAGAUAUUAACUCAGUACGCGAUUUGAAUCCCACUCACAAUAUCCCAACACUGAACAUGCUAAUGACACCGAGUUUCUUCCUGAGCUUCAAUCCCAUCCCCCAGAGCUGCGUCAUGGGCAGAAUGAGCAUCCAGAUAUCCAGCAGCAGAUUCAUUCCCGCAAGCGGCAGAGUGAAAUUAGUGAACCCCGUCAGAAUAAGAUGGCCUUUCUUCUGCUGCCACCCAUUCCAGAACAGCGAAAAUGGCUGGGUUUGGAAGAAGACGAAGAUGAAAAAUCCUACCCAGAUAAGAGCGUUGAAGACUAUGGUACACUUGACCACAAUCCUGAACUUGUGGUCAGGGAAGAUCCGUAGGAAGAAGCACAAGAUUGCUGCUUUGACGAGGACUAGUGCGGUCAAGUACAAAACUUCGAUGACGAUGAACAACUGGGGAGCCAAUUAUGAUCUGACUAUCGCUUAUAAACCACAUGUCAAGGCCAAGUCCCAAUGCAAGCACUGAAAAGUCCCAAGUUAACAAACUGGCUUGAAGAUGGGUGAAGAAAAAGCAAAACAUACUGAUCUGCAUCACGAUAUAAUACGGAAUCAUAACUGCCUAUUACUAGUCGUCAGCGUAUCGUCAAUCCCCCAUGUUAGGCCAAGCCGAAAUUUAGUUACUAUCCUCAAGGCGAAGAAGACGAGUGCAAAUGCAAAGACGACAGUACUGUUUAAUCGAUACUCGUUUGUAUUGUUGGUCGGCGGGAUCCCGCAUGCAGCCGACAACUCUUUGAUGAAGUCUUUUAACAUGUUAGCAUGCCCAGCAAAACAAACCUUUCUUCUCGAACCACGUACCCAUAGUCUGUCUCAUGGAGCACUUCGUCAUCAAGCAAACACCCAUCGCUUUGGAAAAGGGCUUGCUACUACACAUCGCCUCCUGUCCCAUCUGCGCAUAUUCCUUCUGGCUCAGAAGCUCGGUUAGGCAGUCGACCUAAGUACUCGUCAGUGGCAUAGUCAUCAAGUCCAACAUCCGUAGCACUAACAGCACAUUUCGGCGCGUCUGUGAGCAUAGAAUCAAGAGAUUGAGCCGCCGUUGUAUCGUACAGCAGGCAUAACGUCCCCAGAAUGAGAAACCGCCUGCUGACUGUCAUGGUGAAAUGAGGUCGCCAAAACGGAGAACUAAGGACGGGGGGAGGGUAGCACAGCGUUUUAACCAUGCUGUGAAACCCGGGAUACUUUGUGGCACUCCGGCAGUGGCUGCAGAUUUGCAUUAGGUUGUCCAACCCUGCAUGCAUCUGCUGCUGUGAAGCGUAUGACAAGUACAACCAUCCAGGCUGUUGGGUCUAGAGGAAUUACGGAGAUUCCGAUAGGGUCUUGCCGAAUACCUGGUUGGCUUCGGUUAUGCUAAGACAUUGAAGUUGGUGGAAGCAUUACGCUAGGGCUGAAGUUGAGAAUGGGUUGCAUUCCCGAGCGCCUCACAUUUUAGGUUUGACCAGGAACCGUCAUGACAGACCGUAUAUUCGCCACUAAUUAUUCUCUUCUUAUAAGUUGGUAGCUGUGAUUUACUAGAUUCAUCUUAGACACUCGUCAU